AUGAAUUAUGAUGAUGAUGAACUUAGUGAAUCAGAGAAGGAUGAUGAUCUAGAGAAGAAGUAUAUCGAUCGAAACAAAAAGAAAGAAACAAUGAAACAUGAUGAGGUUAGCGAAGAUGAUCGAGCUGAAAAUGACGAAGAGGAAGAAGAUAGUGACGAAGAUGAGCCUUAUACUUUUGGUGGAGGGGUUGAUUAUGUUAUUGAAGAUGAAUAUGUAGAUACUAGUGAAAAUGAGGAUGAGGAUGAGGAUGAGAGACCCGAAGAAAAAAACGAACAGAAGAAGAAAAAAGCUUCUAAUUCUGAAGGUAAAAUGUAUGAUAAAGAUAGUAAAGAAGAUGAAGAUGAGGAUGAAGAUGAGGAUGAAGAUGAAAGUGAUGAAGAUAGCAAUGAAGACGACAACGAGUAUGAAAGAGAGCGAAAAAAAGCAUAUUUUGCAGAUAAAUCCGAAAUAAUACAGAAUGAAGAUGCGGAAUCAUUUCAAACAAUGAAUUUAUCAAGACCAAUAUUGAAAGGACUAAGCCAGUUAGGAUUUAUUCAACCGACGCAAAUACAAAAAGAAACUAUACCUAUAGCACUUAUGGGUAAAGAUAUUUGUGGGGGUGCAAUAACAGGAAGUGGCAAAACAAUAGCCUUUUUAGUACCAAUAAUAGAAAGAUUAUUUUAUAGGCCAAGACAAACAGCAGAAGUGAGAGUACUUAUAUUAGCACCUACACGCGAAUUAACUAUACAAUGUCAUAGUGUUGCUAGUAAAUUAGCUGCUUUUACUGAUAUUACUUUAUGUCUCUGCGUUGGUGGGUUAAGUCUUAAACAACAAGAAACAGAAUUGCGUGCACGCCCUGAUAUUGUUAUCGCAACUCCGGGAAGACUUAUUGAUCAUGUACGAAAUUCGCCAUCUUUUUUACUGGAAAGUAUCGAAAUUCUAGUUAUAGAUGAAGCAGAUCGGAUGCUGGAAGUCGGAUUUGCGGAUGAGUUAAACGAGAUAGUUAAAUAUUGUCCAAAGUCAAGACAAACUAUGUUGUUUUCAGCAACAAUGACAGAUAAUGUAGAUGAAUUAAUUCGCUUAUCACUGAAUAGACCAGUAAAAUUAAUGAUAGAUUCUAUUAAGUCUACAAAUACAAAAUUAAUUCAAGAAUUUAUUAGAAUAAGAGAAUACCAAGAAAAAAAUCGGGAAAUUAUAUUAUUAAUCUUAUGUAAAAAGUAUUUUAAACAUAAGGUUAUAAUAUUUUUUAGAACAAAAUCAGUUGCUCAUGAAAUGAAAGUUAUUUUUGGAUUAUUAGGAUUAAAAGCUUCCGAAUUACAUGGUAAUCUUUCUCAAGAACAAAGACUGGAAGCCUUAGAAGCAUUUCGAGAUGGUAAAGUAGAUUAUUUAUUGGCUACGGAUUUAGCAUCACGUGGAUUGGACAUUAAAGGAAUUGAGACGGUUAUAAAUUAUGAUAUACCACAAAGUUACGAUCAAUAUAUUCACAGAGUUGGUAGAACUGCUCGUGCGGGUAGAAAUGGACGGUCCGUUACGUUAACAGGAGAAUCGGAUCGUAAAUUAUUAAAAUUGAUAAUAAAACAUUCACAAAAAGAACAAAUUAAAAAAAGGAAGAUUGAUGUAGAAUUAAUAAAAGAAUAUAGUAAAAAAUUAGAAGAUAUUAAAGAAAAAGUAGAAGAAGUAUUAAAAGAAGAAAAAGAAGAAAAAUUAAUGAACCAAGCUGAAAUGGAAUUAUUAAAAGGCCAAAAUUUAUUAAAAUACGAAAAUGAAAUUUUUAGUAGACCUGCGAGGACUUGGUUUCAAUCAGAAAAAGAAAAGAAACUAUCGAAAAACCUUUCUGCUGAUAACAUUGAUGUCAAAAAAAGAAUGAGAGAUGAAAAUGAUAACGAGGAAGGAGUAAAUAAAAAGAAAAUUAAAAGGGAUAAAUAUGCUGGUAUGUCUAGAAAGAAAAAAAGAAGAAUGAAAUUACGUGAGGAUGAUUCCAAUCCUCAGAUGAAAAUUGAAAAUUUUAAAGCUGUGAGGUUAGCCAAAAAGAGUCGAAGACCCGCUAAAAUUAAUAAAAUAUCGGAAAAUGAUAAGACUAAAGAAAAGGCGAAAAAUGGAGGUGAAAAGAAAAAGAAAAAUAAUGGUAUUGGGUUCGAAAUGGAUUUAACUGAUGUCACUAAAAAGGCGGCUUUUGCUGUUGUACCAAAAAAUACAAAUAAGAAAGGGAAAGGUGCAGGCAAGGGAAAAAGCAAUGACGUUAUUAAAAAGAAAGUUAAAAGUAGUAAUGGUAUAAAGAAAAAGAGUAUGAAUGUUAAAAGCAAACGAAGAAAAUAG